AUGGGCGCCGCAGCUGGUCGGUGGCGGCACGGGUCUGCCCGCGGGCGCGCAUUUCUUCUUCAAGCUGCGGCUGCAGCAUGGGGCGUCAAAGCAGCGCGUCGAUGGCGCAGCAACGACGCUUGGCAAGAUGAAUUCUUCGCAACAGCGCCGAGGAGUGCGCGUCGAUGCGUUGGGGAGGCGUGCGCUCACCACGACGCCGCUCGAAGCGUGCAGCUGCUCCGCGACCGUCACAUCAACCACCGAGGCCGUCAUGACUGCGACGGUCGGGGCGAACGCGAGAAAUCCCUCGAGGUCGAGCUGCCGAGGGCGGUCUGUGUCGGCUCGCGGCACCGCAGCGCCACUGUCGCGCAGGACGCGACGCGUCGUGCCAGACCCCUGGCUGACGCUUUCAGCCCCCGGCGUGGGCGUGUUGGCGCAGGGCUGCGGAUGCCAUCGGGUUGCACUUGCGCGAUUUUCAGGUACUUUCCGCUGCAAAACUCCUUCGCGCUGGCGCUGCUGAUCGGAGGAACGGUACUCUGGGCCAGUGCGGUGGCCGACGCGGCCGACCGCACGCUGGACGUGUUCGAUCUGCUCGGUGCCAGUAACGAGCUCAGGAACAUCUGCGCAGCUUACGUGUCCAACGUGACGGCUGUCUCCAUCGCCGUCCUGGUCACUGCGUUCAUCACAGCGGUGAUGUCGGCGUGGAGAAUCCGGCUCAGGCUCCGCAAGCGGGGCAAGAAAACCGCGACGGCGCCACAAUGUGUGGGAUGCGCGCACGGCGCAGCCGCGUGGACGCUCAUCGUCGCGGUCUACGUCCUCACGGCCUACCUGGUGGUCCUCCUUGCCGUGGACACGACGUGGUUCGCCGGAUCAAUCGUGACGAGGGAGGGCGCGACAGCUGUUGCAGACCUGCACGCCCAGCUCAGGGGCGCGACCUCCACGGCGCUCGCGGCCGCGGACCAGGUGCUUGGCGCCGUCAACGCCGUCAUCUCCGUCAUCGACGAGCUCCCGCCGCUCCUGGCGCGCGAGGUCAGGGAACUCGCCGCCAGCGUGGGCGUCCCGACGACCACAGAGGAGCUCUCCAGCGAGGUCGGCCGGGCGCUGGACGAGAUCGAGCCGCUCCGCCGCCUGACCACAGGCAGCCCCGCACCCAUCGGCGGCUGCCCGCCCACGUGCCUCAACCUCUCGUACUACUCGUUCGUGUCGUCGGACUCGUGCGUCUGCGAGCCCGAGGCGGUGCUCGAGGUCCGCGACCACGCGGAGGCGGCGCGGGAGAGCCUCCUGUCCGCGCUGAUCGGCAACGCGCUUAUGUACCUUGGGGGCAGCUGGCUGCUCGCGUCGCUCACCGCGGACCUCGUCAACGUCCGCCGCGACUACCGCGCGCUCCGACGCGUGUCCGGGUCCGGGGACAAGGUCGCGCAGGAGGGCGCGGUGCGCGCGCAUGUGCCGCGGGGGGGAGACGAGCGCGGAGCGGUUCGCGGCAUCUGGACGCCGCAGACGGACGACGUUGCGCGCGUGCGUGCUGCGCCGCGCGCAGCGAGCGGCGUCGCGAGCGGCGCUGGCGCGUCGACCUCGGUGCCGCUCUCACAAAGCAGCUGGCAGCCCUGGCCCGCCAAAGCGCCGCGGCUGUGA